CACACUUCCUGCCGGGAGGGCUGCGCGCAAGCAGAACAACACGCUUGUUUCUUUCCCCACUGAUCAUCUGCUGCUGGCAAACCGCAGCAGCAACGGGCAACUCUCCUGAACUUUUCGAGAGGAGGGUUGAGUAAUCUUAUCCGCUGGGGGAGAGGACGGAGCGAGAGCUUCGCCGUUCUCCCCUCCGGCAGUUGCCGGCGACACCUCGGAAAGGGGCACGGAGGAGAAGGCGCGACUCCAUUCCAGCCCUUCUGCGAUUCGAAACGACGGGGGGAGUUCACAACUUGAGGGGCGGCCCAGGAAGCCCAAGUCAGCUCUGAAACUGAAGAACAUCAGAAGGGUAAACCCCAAAUGUUCAAAAUAAAAAAACGUCCUUUAAAACUCAGCAGGUUGGCUUAACACUUGGAGCACAUACAACUGGUUCUCCAAGCAAAAAGAAAGAUGGCGCCAACCUUGCAGCAGGCCUACCACCGGCGCUGGUGGAUGGCUUGCACCGCAGUGGUGGAAAAUCUCUUCUUCUCAGCUGUUCUGCUGGGCUGGGGCUCCCUGCUCAUUAUGCUCAAACAUGAGGGGUUCUACUCCUAUGUGUGCAUAGGUGAGAAUGGCACCAAUGACUCCAUCACGACUGACUCGCCUCACUCUCACCCCAGCUGUGUGGAACAGGAGGAAAUGCUCAACCUGGGUUUCACCAUUGGAUCCUUUUUACUGAGUGCUGCCACCUUGCCUCUUGGGAUACUGAUGGACCAAUUUGGCCCCAGGCCACUCCGCCUGGUAGGCAGUGCCAGUUUUGCUGUUUCCUGUGCUCUCAUGGCUCUGGCUGCUUACAACCCACCAGUUCUUUCCCCACUGAUUUUUCUUGGCCUUUCCCUGAAUGGUUUUGGUGGGAUCUGCCUGACCUUCACCUCCCUAACUCUGCCCAACAUGUUUGGGAAUCUGCGUUCGACCUUCAUGGCACUCAUGAUUGGAUCAUAUGCUUCAUCUGCUGUUACCUUUCCUGGUGUCAAGCUUAUCUAUGACAGUGGAGUUUCCUUCAUCAUCAUCAUGCUUGUCUGGUCGGGUCUGGCUUGCCUCAUCUUCCUCAACUGCAUGAUCAACUGGCCCAAGGAGGCCUUCCCAGCUCCUGAAGAAGCAAACUACACGAAGAAGAUCAAACUGAGCAGUCUAGCCCUUGACCACAAAGUAACAGGUGACCGAUUCUACAUGCACGUGAUGGUUGUGGGGCAACGGUUGAGCCAGAAAGCUCCACAUCUGGAUGAGAGCAAGGAGGAGCACUACCCGUCCAUUCAGGAUCUCCAUGAAGGGGCCACAGAGUCUUCCCAGACUGCAGGAUCCAUCCCUUUCCGCCGUAGUGUCUGCUCUCCCAUCUUUCUGUGGAGUCUGGUUACAAUGGGCAUGACGCAGCUGCGCAUCAUUUUCUACAUGGCGGCCAUGAACAAGAUGCUGGAGUUCCAGGUGACGGGUGGCAAGGAACAUGUAUCAGCAGAGAUGAGGAACAAAGCUGAGCAAACAGUCAGCUUCUACUCGUCCAUAUUUGGGGUUAUGCAGCUACUGUGUCUUCUCACCUGCCCUUUCAUUGGUUAUGUGAUGGACUGGCGCAUAAAGGACUGCGUGGAUGGGCCAAGAAAUGUGGAUGCCACUGAAAUGACUAGAAACGGGUUGAAAGGAAAACCACCUAAAGUGCGUUACCGUAAGAUCCAGAAGCUGACCAAUGCUAUCCGGGCCUUUGUCAUCACCAAUCUGCUGCUAGUGGGGUUUGGUAUCACUUGCCUAAUCAACAACCUCCCUUUGCAGUAUGUGACCUUCAUCUUUCACACCAUGGUGCGUGGCUUUUUCCAUUCUGCCUGUGGAGGCCUUUAUGCUGCUGUGUAUCCAUCCAACCAUUUUGGGACAUUGACCGGUUUACAGUCGAUGAUCAGUGCCAUAUUUGCUCUUCUCCAACAGCCACUCUUCAUGGCAAUGGUGGGACCGCUACAUGGUGACCCCUUUUGGGUAAACCUUGCCCUUCUUAUCUUCUCUGUUGUGGGUUUCCUGCUCCCCUGCUACCUCUACUACUUCCGCCACAAGGCUCUCCAGGAUGAAGCUACGAAAGAAGGGACUCCAGAUCAGGCAUCUGGUAUACCAGUGAAACUCCAGGAUGGUGCAGCUACCAAUGGCUUGUUAAGCAGCAGUUCCACCACUGCAUAAGCCAGGGAUGGGCAAGGUGGAGAACUUGUGGGUGACAGAGAGCAGGAUCCAAGUGCCUGGCAGAUGGUGUGAGACGCUAAUAGUGAGAGGAGAGGAAUAUACUGUGAGAAUUUUAUAUUUGGAACUAUGAAAAUAACCAAGGUGCUUUUAAUUCUCAACAAAUGCAUAUCUAUAUUUAUAUCUUUCUAUGGUUUAUAUAUAGAGAAAAAGAGAGCUCUAUUUUUUGCAAAGUAUUUUAAAUGGCCCUAAAACAUUUAAAUAGAUGAUUAGAAUGUCAGUUGAUCAGUACCAGAGAUCUAGAAUAUGUCUAGUUUAUUAAAAAUGUCUCCUCCUCGUAAAGAGAUAACAGAUCAUGGUGUCUGUGUGUAGCUCACAGUACUUAAGCAGCACUUUCAAAACAUAGCCUCAGUGCUGUUAAGCUGAAAUGAACAAGUUACCCUUAUUGCUUCCCUCCUCUCUAUAUGACAGUUGUUGCAGCUAAAGCCAGGGAAUGAGUUAAAAAUGGAGAACUCCAAAUGAAAUGUUUUCUGUCAGCUAGCCCUAGUGAUUCAAAGAUGUUUCCUGGGCUUCCUUGUAUUCUGACAGCUGAUAGAAAAAUGAGUUGUGUUAUUAGGACAUUGUUUAACUGCUAACUCCAGAAGUCCAGCCUUCCCUUCUCCUUUUUUCAAUCCUUUUAUAAAAACUAUCUCCUCAAAGAUUGCCUCACAAAGAUGAGGCUCAGGCUGCUUUGAUAUGUAUUUUUCAUGGGCUUGGAUUUCUGUCUAAGCAAAAGUUAUGGCAGGAUCUGCAAGUGAUAGAACUUUUAAAAAAACCAGAUUGGCAGGUUUUAAUUCAAUCUUAGUAAUACCAAUUUAACAGGAUUUGUGUAGGGAAGAACAAACCGUCCAUUUUGAAUUGUCUUCCUUUGACAGAGUCCUGGCAUAAUGGCAGUGUUGUUGCCUGCUAGAGCUGCAUAUUAUGCAGCCUGACCUAAAAUAAAUAACUUAUUUAUAUAUUUAUAUACUGCCUCUCCACUGGAAACUGUCCCCAAGGCAGUUUACAGUAAAACCCUACACUAUAUCAACAAUGGCAUCACACAGAGAAAAUACAGCAGGCUCAAAAACCUUAAGUUUCAAAUGUUUUAAUCGGUCCCUUAAAUAACAAUAGAUUGAGAAAGGGUACCAGAACCACCACUGAAAAAAUUCUGUUCCUGGCAAGGAUAACCUUGCUGUCAGUAAUGUUUGCAGCUAGACUAGAAACUCACUUAACAGCUUUUAAUUUACAGGGGAGCAGGGCUCAUUUCAAAGGGGGAACGCGCUGGAAUGCUGUUCUGGCAGUUCUCCCAAGGUGUCAGGUGGCCCCGCCCACCUGAUUUCCGGCCAUUUUGGACCGUUUUGGCCUGGAUUGGGGAUGGAACGCACCGGUUUGGGGCCAAAAAGGCCCAGAUCAAGUUGGUGCCAGGCAGGGGAAGCCUCCCGUGCCCAGCACCGACCCAGUCCCAGCCAUUUCGGCCCCGAUCCGUGCCCAAAAUGGCCAUUUCCGGCAAUUUUGGGCCCGUUUCGGUCUGGAUUGGGGCUGAAACAGCCCAGAUUGGGUUGGUGUCCCAGGCCAGUCUGUUUCAGCCCUGAUCCGGGUGCAAAUGGGCCCCAAAUGGCCAUUUUUGGCCAUUUGGGGCCCAUUUCUGCCAGGAUCGGGGCCGAAAUGGCUGGGAUCGGGUUGCUGCCAGGCAGGGGAAACCUCCCGCACCCAGCACCGACCUGAUCCCAGCCAUUUCAGCCCCAAUCCAGGCCUAAAAUGGCAAUUUUGGGCCCGUUUUGGACUGGAUUGGGGCCAAAAAGGCUUGGGAUUGGUCUGUUUCAGCCCUGAUUCGGAUGCAAAUGGGCCCCAAAUGGCCAAAAAUGAUAUGGGGGAACACUCCCCUGUCUGGCAGCAGCCAAAUCCCAGCCAUUUCGGGCCUGAUCAAAUCAGUUAUGCUAAUGACACACUUCUGGUGAUGGCAAGAGGCGUGGCAUAUGCUAAUACGUUAUGCUAAUGAGUUGUGCUAAUGAGUUCCUGCAGCUCUUUUUUUACAAAAUGACCCAUGCAGGGGAGGUAUGAAUGUAACAGAAAACAUUCCCUGCUUCAUCCUGGAUUCACAGUGCUAGGGUUUAACAGUCAAAACCAGCUUCUUUGAAUGUGUGGAAACAAAUUGAUAGAGAGUGCAAAUAAUAAAAAGAUUGAAAGUAUAUGCUCUUUAUGGCCUACUUACCUUAAACUCCAGACUGCUAACCAAUUGAACUUUCAGGGCAUGCCCAAGUGAAGCACAUUGUAAUAAGAAAGCUACCAGAGCAAGUUCUUAACCUACAGAAAGGAGCACUACCAAAACAUUAGUCAAAGCUAGAACACUUUCUUUUGUUCCCGGUUCCCUUAGCCCUGAUGGAGGCUCUUAGAGCAUUCUUAAGUGUGAAGCUGCUCCCUCACCCACUCCAGAUCCAAAUCCACUCACUAUCAGCAAUUCUGUCUUAUUUGGGUUGUUUAUUUAUCCUUAUCAAAUCUAUAAUGUGGUUCAGUCAUCAGCUUAUCAAAAUCCCAGCCCUUGAGUGACAUAUAACCACAGUUGAAAGCAUAAGGAACAACAUGGGAUCCUGUGGAAUCUCAUACAACAAUUCAAAUGAGGAAAAGCAACACUGUAGUCAGUAUCCCACUACCACCUUCAGGAACUGUCCUAAAAAGUAGGAAUGAAACCACUGCGAAGCCACAAUUCCUACUCCUGACAAGAGUAGAAAGAUGCCAUUGUCAAUGGUAUUACGAGAUCUAGAAAUCUUGGAGAAUGGUAUUUAAGAGAUCUAGGAGAAUUAACAGGAUUCUAGGAGAAUCAACAGGAGAAUCACAUACCUUGUCUCUCUUCUGCCAAGAGCAACAAAAGUGUCAUCCAAGCACAUCAGGACCUGAUACCAGUGAUCAUUAUAGCUAAGAACAAUAGCUUGGAAAAUGGUCUGUGGGUCGACAGUAGGUGGGGAUUGAGAGAGAGCUGCUUUAAUAAUAAUCUGACAAAUGGUAGAAUUAUAAAGUCACAGAACGAACAGUGACCUUCUUCCCAGUCAUGAGAGAAUUUAAAUGGACAGUAUGGAUUGCACUGCUUGCCAAGUAAUUACUCCCUCAUGCUACACAAACUGACCAUAUUUGGCAAGUAGUACAAUGACUGAAGAAGGGUGAGGAAUAAGAAUGAUAAGGAAAAGAUCAAACUGUAUAUGAGUUCAGAUAGAGAAGAAUUGUGCCAUGUGGGACAGAAUGAGAUGGGUUCUAGAAUAUGGCCCAGCAUAAGCCUCCAUGUGUUUUAAUCCACUGCUGUUACUUCUUCUCCAAUAGAGAUUCUGCACUUCAUUUAUUUACCUACAGGAAAUUUCCUGUACAUUUCUUAACAGUUAAAUUUAAAGAUCUAGUUUUCAUCAACAGAUUUAUUAUAUAUAUGUAUGUGCCACCAAGUCAUCACAACUUACAGCAACCCCAAAAAGGGGCUUCCAAGACAAGUGAGAAGAAGGGUUAGUUUGCCAGUGCCUUCCUCUGCAGAGUCUUCCUUGGUAGUCCCUCAUUCAAGUACUGACCCUGCUUAGCUUCUGAGAUCUGACAUAUCGGACUAUACCUUGCCGUUCCACAUCCAUACAGAUUUAUUAGGGCAGUUUAAAAUUAGUCAGUCUAAUGCUGUCUGUACUGACAGUCUGCAGUAAAACAUUGUAUUGACAAGAGAGUUGUGUCAUCUAUUGGCCAGACAUAGAAAAUAUAUCAUUUGGGUUGGGUGGCAUUGUGGCAAUUAGUUAAGGAUACAAACACUACAGGAAACUUAAUGAUGCUGCUAGUCAUAAUUUCACUUAUCCCUAACUUCAAUGACUGGUAUCUUUGGUGCUCAUUUGCUCCAUUGGUUAUUUAAUUUAUUGUCUCCUUCUAUGUAUUUCAGAGAACAGAAAAAGUUUUGAUAUGCUUAACUACUGAUUGGACCAGAAUUGAAUUAGACAGGUCUCGCUACCCAAAAUACUCAAAAAAGUGAAAGUAGAGUGUGUCUCAUCACAUGUAGAGAGCUUUUCUUCUCCAAGGAGUAACAACAACUACCUUUGCACAAGUAGUGCUUUUAAAAAGAUAUUUUUGUGUGUCCAGUUAUGUCCAGCAUACAUUUGAAUAUGCUUCUCAUUGAAAGCAAUGGAGAGCAGAUUGACCGUUUAGGCAGACAUUUGAUGCAUUGCAGACUGUAUCUGUGCUUCCUGAUCCAGCAGGUGAUAAACAUGAAGAAUCUUGCUUAGGCACCUGGGUCUCCUUAGCAGAAUUGGGGCACUAGGGCAAGGAGAGAGACUCGCAGUACAAACAGUAUAGGCUGGACUGAGUUCUAGAACAUCACUUUGUAGAAGUUAAACAUAGGACAAAAAUCAAGGAGGAACUGACAGAAGGGUGCAGAGAAAGUGAGUGUGCAGAUGGUGGAAAGAAAUGGCAGAGUAUCUUGAAAAUGUUUUAGCAGUGGACUGAGGUGGCAAAAUAUUCAGCAAUUAUUGUGAGACAUUUCAUGAGUGAGUGGAGAAAAAAAAUCCUUGUUGGCAGGGCUUUUUCGGUUUCAGUAAUCACUAGUACUGGGUACCAGAACCUUUUGGAGGGCUUUCCCAAGUCCUGAUGGUGGAUUAGGUGGAAAUCAGUGCAAUUGUAUAUGUGCGUACUGGCAUCUUUAAAAACAGAAAAAGCAUUUCUUGUUGGUAAAUGAAAGAUAAUAUUCAUUGCAGAUAUGGAUUAUGGUUUAUAGAGGCCUCAAAUGGUUUAACAGCCCCCGGGCCAUAGUAUUAUGCAAGUCAAUUUUAAAUCUGAAUAAAAGUGUUAAAAAUAGGAAUCACUGUUCCCUUAUAAAAUGGAAGAAACUCAGUAAUGUCAUGAAACAUUUUUUUAAAAAUCUGCAAGCAUUUCAAUAAAAACUGCUUAAUAGGGUAUA